UAAAAUUUUUUUUUUGACAUUUAAAUUACAUCUGUUUUCUUUUCAUAAUACUAUUCAUACAUUUGCGUGUGUUGUAUAAUAAUACAAUAUUGAAGGGUUUUCUUACUCCGGCAUGGCCUGUGUGCGGUGUAGUUUGCGUAUAUUUAAAGUAAAUAAUUUCUUAGUUGCUAGAUCGAUUGCAAUGUCCGCUCAACGUCGUGCAGAGGAGAAACUGGAGAAGCUCAAAGAUAAAAAUCCAUAUUAUGAAAAAUAUGCACAAAAGUUAGCAAAUCUGCAACAAACAUCGCCAGAGGAAUUCCUCGAACGCGUUGGCAAGGUGGUCGAACCCAUUAAAGGUGGUAAGAGUCAAACAAGGACUUAUGAAGAACUACUGAAUCCAAAAAAACCGAGAGAAUUACAACCUGAAGCCGAAAUUCCUUACAAAAAGUUGACGGAUAUUAUGAAGCUGGAACUUAUACAAGACAAAAAUGCUGAUGAGAUAUCUAAGAUAUGGUUUGAAUAUCAUAAAACUAAAAACGUGUUGGCAGCUACACUUUCAGUGGGCCAGUAUGAAUCGCUCAUGGAGCGUGCAAAAUUAUUCCCAGUCUUUUUGUUGCCGUUGCCGCGCAGUGAGGGUUUUGAAUUUAUUAUGUUGCAAUUUGCUGCAAAUGCUGUUCAUUUGACCCCACUUCUGGUCUAUCAGGUACAUGCUGAAAACGCACCAGAGUGCCUUACUCUAGUUCACUACACUGAAAUGAAAGAUAAAGGAAUCAUACUAAUGAGGGGAGAGUAUGACAGCAAAGUGUUAAGCGGACAAGAAGCUCAAUGUUUAGCAAAUGAAUUACAAAUGUUUUAUUGCAAAAAUGAUGAAAAUAAACUCAAAUUGCUGGAAACAUUUACAAAACGACCACAGGAAUUUAAGCAUAUGGAUUUGAUUAAGGAAGUAGAAAAUAUUCAACUUGUUUAAGAAUAUUAAUAAAUAUGAAAUGUUUAUACUUUUAGAAUUGAAAAAUAA